AUGGCCCUGGCCGUGAUCGGGGCAUCCGGUGCCAAAGCGAGCGCACGGAAGGCUCGGGUCCAGGUCGCCCGUCAUUCUGUGGAGACUUUUCAGCAGGGUGCAAUGGAGUACCCGGCAGCCUAUGACAAAAUCGCCGACGUCAAUGACAAGGAGAAGGAGGCCGACAUCAUCUGCACCAUCGGACCAAAGUCCUGGGACCCUGAGGUUUUGGUGGAGCUCAUGAAAGCCGGAAUGAACGUCAUCCGAUGCAACAUGUCCCACGGAGACCACGAGGAGCAGAGCAUGAAGCUGGCCAACCUUGAGAAGGCAUACGAGCUCGCUCCGGAGUUCAAGGGCAAGAUGAAGAUCUUGAUGGACACUCGCGGCCCUGAGAUCCGUACUGGCACUUUCGAGGUCUACAACUCCAAGAAAGAACUGAAGGCUGGUCAGGACUUCAAGCUCGUCACCGACUACAGCCUGAAGGGCGACGAGAGCAUGGUGGCGAUCACCUACGAACAGCUGCCCAAGAGCGUCAAGCCGGGCCAGCGCAUCCUCAUCCAGGACGGCACUGUGAUCCUCGAGGUCACGGAGGCAAAGGACGACGAGGUGCUUUGCAAGGUUGUCAACAACUGCAAGCUGGGUGAGAAGAAGAACGUGAACGUGCCAGGUGUGAAGGUGGACAUCCCGGUUGUGGGUGAGCGGGAGAUCAAGGACAUUGAGGAGUGGGCAGUUCCCAACAACGCCGACUACAUUGCCCUCAGUUUUGUCCAGAGCGCGGAUGAUGUGAAGGAGUGCCGCAAGCACUUUGGCGGUAAGGACAUCAAGGUCAUCUCCAAGAUUGAGAAUGUGGAGGGCCUGAAGAACUUUGAGGAGAUCCUCGCGGAAUCGGAUGGCAUUAUGGUGGCCCGUGGCGACCUGGGCAUGGAGAUUCCGAUGGAGAAGGUUUGGAUGGCCCAGAAGAUGAUGAUCAAGAAGACCAAGGCAGCCGGCAAGUACGCGGUGUGCGCCACGGAGAUGCUGGCAUCCAUGGAGGACAAGCCGUUCCCGACCCGAGCGGAGGCCUGUGAUGUGGCCAACGCAAUUUUGGAUGGGGCCGACGCAGUGAUGCUCAGCAGCGAGAGCGCCAUGGGAAAGUUCCCCGUCGAGACGGUGAACACCAUGAGGAGGAUCGUCGAGGAGGCUGAGCACGCGCUCGUGUCGGAGAUGGUGUGGGUCGGCGACUGGGCCUUGUCAUCCAAAACCGAGCACGGCUCCCCCGUAGGGCAUGAUGCGUUCGUAUCGCGCCACCUCCAGGGCAAGCGCGAUGAGCAAGACCGGCUCCUGCAAGGCAUCUUUCACGUUGAUGACCUGCAAGCGGGAUGGCUACUGUUGCGGUCCUGCGCCGCCCCGCACGCCAACUACCUGUUAUGCAACCUUCCCCAACACCUCACUGCCGAGUAUGCGGUGCAGCACGAUGCGGCUGUCAUUUGGUGUCUUUCCGCGCUUUUCGAACACGGUGAGGCUCCCGGCGAAAAGUCCCUGUGCAUGUGGUCUAUGGCGGGACGACUUCUGUCGCGAGCAGCUGCGUUCCAGCGCGGCGACUGGACAGCGCUCUUGGAAGUAAGGGCAGGUGAAGUGUGCAGAGCUCGCCAACUCCUGACGGCAGCGGAGCUGGCCCCUGACGGAGUAUUUCCGUGGCGCAAACCAGACGGAGUGCACAGCCUGGCCAAGCAAUGGGCGCCGUUCGAUGAAGCAACACUGCCGGUCCAAUACGCUUUGCAAGCACUGGCCGGUACCGCGGCAUUUGCCGCCCAUGUGCGGACGGUGCCCGAGCUUUGUGACGAUGUUGUUUCGCUCUUGUUUCUCUCGAUGGGCGGAGUGCGGAUGAUAGCAUGUCCCACCGCAACUACUCCCUUUCGUACGGUUUUGUUCGGUCAGCCUUCCACGUAUUGUUGGUGGGCCCCUCCCACAGCGAUGAUGACCUCCUUGCCAUGGCUGCGCGAGGGGCGCAAUGUCAUCCACCAAGGUCGCUUGCCCACUCCCUCCUCGAGGACCCCUCACCAGUCCCACGUGAGCCGGCGCCAGGGCCGCGUGCUCGACCACAAGGCGCGGCCAGGCCAGCGCCGCCGGAAGCCGGAAUGCGUCACUUCUCUUGACGCAGUCGACCGCGCAACCACCUCCGCGUGCGUGUGCUCGCGCUCCAAUCGGGAACCGGAUCUGACUGGAGCUGGCGGAAAGAGGAAGCAGGUGCCCGAGUCGUCGCGCAUGCCGCCCUGCGUGACAGCAGCAUGCUUCGCUUCGCUUUCGCCCGUUCGGGUCCUUUACAAGCGUCAGACUGUUCCUGCUACUCGUGGACCACGGUCCUAUAAGGACAUGGGGAAUGGGGGCGUGCUUGAGUGUUGGCACGAUUCGGUCUGUACUGGCUUGCAGCGGGCGGCCAAGUUGCUGUUUCAGCAAUAUCAGUCCACGUAUUCACCGCUGGAAAAUUACAGGCUGCAAAACUGCGGAGUCGAUCAUCCCACUUCGUUAGCGGGCGACCGGGUCGACGAUGUAGUUGUAAAACAAAAUUUGCUUGCCAGUUGGUUUCUGGACACCAUUUGA